AUGCCUUCCCCUUCUGUAGCAGCUACACAGAUAGUCAGCAUUUCCACGGCCUUGGUUGCUGCUGGCGGAAUUGCAACUUUAUCACUCUUUGACAUCCCUGAGCUUCAAUCUCAACCAGCUUCACGCUCUCUUCCAUCCAUACAAUGGCUUUUCAGCCGUGGAUCACACAUCUUUCCUCAGGCCGCGGCUCUCUCCAGCGCUGGAUUUGCAUAUCUCGCAUAUAAUGCUCUUCCAGCCAGUUCUCGACCAGUGUUAGAGCGUAUCCAGCAUGGAGAUGUUCCUGGCUAUCUGGCUGCAGCAGUGCUCACCAUCAGCAUCGCACCGUGGACCACCGGGGUGAUGGUUCCCACAAACUUUCGAAUUAUGGAGAUUAACCAAAACAAAGGAGGUGCAAGAAGUCAGAAAAGUCGUGAGGUCGCUGAUUCAAUCCCGGAUAAGGAUGCAGCAGGUCAGUUCAGUGACCUAAGUGCACCACAGGAAAAGACACCACAGGGCAUGUCACAAUCCGAAGAAGAGGAGGUGCAGAGCUUGCUCGAUAAGUUCAAUAAGCUCAAUGCUGUAAGAGCCGUUUUGAUGGCUGUUGGUGGCGUCGUUGGUCUCUAUACAGCCCUUGCAUGA